AACUUUUUGAAAAGAUUUUAAAAUAAACAACAUUAUUUUUAUUUUGAAAAACAUGAGUAAAGCGCGCACGUGGCUAACCUACAUUCAUCAAAGUUUUCCGGCGCGGCGCCGUGAACUUCAAACGUAAACAAGCUGCGUUUAGAAAUUUAUAAAAACUUUAACACAUAGAAUUGUAGAUUAUUCCAUGCAUUUCAUACUUUAUGAAACGUCAAAGCAAUAAAUAUAGUUGUAAAGUUGUUGUUGACGCUAGAGUGCGGGUGUCUGCGCAGCGCAGCCUUGCCCACUAGCGACGCAGCGAGUGAGGCGCGCGGCGUUUGACGCGGCGCUCGGCCCCGCGUACACGAUCCGUCAUCGGCUGUGGGACAGAGGCUCCUCUAAAUUAGGGAAAAGUGUUAUGAAGGGGAGCACGAGUCGGCAGUUCUCUGCAUUAGUAAAUACCGCGCCUUAGGCAGCGUACAUCGACAAUCGAUCGGGGGGAGGGAUAUAGUCGCGCGUGCGUCCCGCGGUCGCCCGCCCGCGUGUCGCUUCUCAACCGUCGCCGCUGUCGCACGUUUGCGACCUGUGGAACGCGCCGAGUCGGACUUGUUGCCAACCCCACCUGUUAACUCAUGGGGGCACCCUGAAACUCAGCGUUGGCCGCAAUGCCGCGCUGCUACAUGGUAAAGAAAGGUGUGCAGCGGCACGAGGGCCCCCCGCCGUGCAGUCCCACCGAGGCGAGCGUGGCGCCGCCCUGCUACAGCCCCGCCGAACACUCCGCACUAACAGAACCCCGUCGAGCGGAAUAUGCGGAGCUGGGAGCGCCGCUGUCGGAGCGCUCGGCGGCCGAUACAGAGGCCGCGCACGAGCUGCUGUCGCUGGCGCAGAGCCUGCCGCCGCUGCCGCCCGCCGCCGUCGUCACCGUGCUGCACGCGCCCGAGCCGCAGCCCAUCCUGCCGCUCUACACCUACACCAUCCAGCCCACCAACAUCUUCAUCCUCGCCGAGGAUCCCCCCGAGCCCGUGUACCACACGGUGCAGACCGUCGCGCCGCUGCAGCCCGUCGAGUUCGUCGACUCACAGAUAAGUUACGUUGAAUACCAACCGGCGCCCACAGCCUCGCCGCAGGCCACACAGACUGACUACCGCAUCGACUACGAGCAUGCCUCGCCCGAGCCGCCCGAGCCGGCGCCCCAGCCGGAGCCCGAGCCCGAGGCGCCGGAAGCCGAGCCCGCGCCGCCACCCAGCAGGGAGAAGCCCGCCAAGUACGAUUGCAAUGAGUGCGGGAAACGAUACGCGACCUCCUCCAACCUGUCGCGACACAAGCAGACGCACCGCAGCCUCGAUUCAGUGGCGGCUAAGCGCUGCAGCGAGUGCGGCAAAGCCUACGUGUCCAUGCCGGCGCUCGCCAUGCACGUGCUGACGCACCGUAUGGGGCACGUGUGCGGCGUAUGCGGCAAGCAGUUCUCGCGGCCGUGGCUGCUGCGCGGCCACCUGCGAUCUCACACCGGCGAGAAGCCGUACAGCUGCGCGUCCUGCGGCAAGGCGUUCGCCGACCGCUCCAACCUGCGCGCCCAUUUGCAGACGCACUCGUCCGACAAGAAGUACGAGUGCUCGCGCUGCGGCAAGUCGUUCGCGCUCAAGAGCUACCUGAACAAGCACCAGGAGUCAGCGUGCGUGCGCGAUGGAGAUGACGACGACGAUGAGGAUGAGUGACGUGCGGCCGCGCGCAUACUACAAACAUUGCAACGAACGAUUUCUCUAUGAACUUCUUUACACCUUUAUAUUAUUCGAAAGGAGAUAUUUUAUAGGGUAGAUGCUCGUAGUUUCGACGGCGUCGAAUGAAUAAUAAGCAAUAAUAAUGUACCUAAUCACGUUAUGGCUCUUUCCAUAAUUCUUAAAGAAAACAAAAUUAAUGCAAAAAGAAAUUUAAAAAUAAAUCGUAUUUUUUCAAUUAUAAGUCCGGCAACGACGGAAGCAAUCGUGUCAAUUUAUGGCAAGAGCCUGCAAUGUUAAAGCGUAGGCUAAUGUUUACAUAGUAACGUUAAGUAAGUUAGGGUCGCGGGUGUGAUGUGCGACUUUAGAUGUAGUUACGGUGAUACGUAGAGACUUAAUGAAACCGUCGAGCUGUGGUACAAAGAGAGCAAUAAAGUAACGAGUGUAGAGUGGCAGUAGGCGCACGACUAGCGUGCGACGGUUAGCGUAGCUUAGCGCGCGGCCCGGGAGGACCAAACUGUUGCCCGGGCGCGCGGGCCCGCCGCCAACACCGCGCGCAGUGCCCACUCCCUACCGGAGUCACUACACGACACACACACUGCUGUAACGAUCUGACACCAAUACGAAAUUAAAAAAAAACACAAUUCGUAAAGAUAAAAAAAAUACAAUAAUUUUGUUUUUGCAUCUACCAGUUUAAUUUCCAUAUCUCGUUGCAUAAUGUACAGAAUACUCUACAAUACUCUACAUACAGAAUCCGUUGUCAAUACCCGUACGUACUCCCACCGAUCUCAUAGCCAUCGCGAUCUCUUUACAAAGAACUGUUAUUAUAACUAGUAUUAAUUCAUGACCAAGUGAUAUAUCUAUUUGGACUAAGUGAUCUCUAAUACGUAAUAAAGUUACGUGUAGAUAAAUAUAACAGCAUACUGAUUGUAACUGUUUAUUUGAGCUACGAGUAUAUCGGACGACGUACGGUUUGCAUUUCUCUAGUCAAUAUUUAAACUUGUAGAACUAACAGUGUGCUCUGGGUUUAAUAUGAAACUUUUUAUAGAUUGAAUUGUUGAUUAAUACUCUAUUAUGUAAAUACAUGUUGUUAUUGUUUUAAAUCUGUUGUAGUUUUUAGAACUUUACUAACUCGUUCUUUUAUCUCUCUUCAAUUAAACUCAGAGCGUAUUGUUACAGGGAUAGGUCAAUUUUUAAAACAAUUACGCAUCUACAGCCUACAUAUAUGACAAUAUUUAAGUAUAUGUAUACUACAGAUCCUUAUCUGUCGUAAAAAGGGUCUUGAGGUUACCUUUAUAGGACAAAUAAUCCGGUAUAACAUGUUUGGUCGCGGCAGUUAUUGUUAUGAGUCAAUGUUGAAGUAGGAUUCUAUUUGUAAAUACGGUGGAGGAACAGACUGGGAGCGGGCGCGUCGAGAUAAAGUGGCGAGGUUGAACUUCAUAGAUUAAAAGUUUCGUGUCUAUUUAGACAAAAAUUGGCAGUGUUAUCUAAAAAAAGGUUGGAAUUAAUGGAGAGGUUUCUGGGGAUAGAUAAUGUGGAACGAAUGGUUGAGAAACCAAAUUAUAAAACCUCUUUCUGCAACAAUAAAACAAUGGCCACUUGUUACUAAUAAUAAGUUUUCAGGCAAUUAAAAGAGGUAUAGAUUAUGAUUGUAAUGUUUUGCUAAACUCUUCAAAUUUUUUAAAAAAGAACGUUA